CAUCCCACUUAUAGGUUGAUUUUCUUAUUAUGUGUUAAGAAAUCACCCAACGUGUGAUGUUAUAUAAUAACUGAAAGAUAAGACAUAGUAUUAGCACAGACUUGAAGUAGAUACACUUCUACUCCUAGUCUGUGGUAUUAGUGAAACUGGCUUGGUAAUUAAAACUUUGUGGGCCAAACUGAAUGGUUAACCACAUGGAAGAUGCCAUGUUCUCCUUCUUUACUUGUUAUUUAUCAUGAUCACCAAAACAGUUAUUUAGAGUUAAAUACUUUGGCUCUAAAAAAGUUAUAAACCUUAGAUAGAUUUAUGUAGAUAAGACAGAUGUAUAUCAAACUAUGGCUGCCAGGAUUGCUUAAAUUACUAGCAGCUUUUGGCAUUAUAGCUAUCUGCUAUUUACACUUUUGGUUUUGGAAUGCAGUCUCAUACUUGGAAGAAGUCGACUCGGAAUCAAGCAUUUACGACUUUAUUGUCGUAGGAGCAGGUUCAGCUGGAGCAGUAGUGUCAUCUCGUCUUUCCGAGAACGGCAGUUAUUCGGUUUUGCUGGUCGAAGCUGGAGGCUAUCCUUCCCCAUUAGUUAAUAUUCCGCUGAUUUCAGGUACCCUUCCGUCUACACCGUUCUCUUGGAACUACCAGACUGAGCCCCAAAAAUUUGGCCAUGCAGCUUCAGUUGGCCAUCGAUCAAAUUGGCCAAGAGGAAAAGGCAUUGGAGGAUCAAGUAUUCUUAAUUUCUUGUUGUACGUGCGUGGAAACAAGCACGACUAUGAUCAUUGGGCUGCCUUAGGCAACGAAGGAUGGAGCUACGAAGACGUUUUGCCCUUCUUUAAAAAAUCAGAGAAAAAUACUGGACGCUUUAUUGACGAAGAAUUCCACGGCAAAGAAGGAUGCUUAACAGUCGAAGAUAGGUCUUGGAAAUCAAAUUUACCCCAAGCUUUCAUCGAUGCUGGAUUAGAGCUGGGCUUCCAUCAUGUUGACAUAAAUGGGCACAACCAAACCGGAUUCACAACUCCUCAGUUAACAAGUGAACAUGGCGCCCGUUGCAGCACAUAUUCGGCCUUUUUGAAAAACACCCAUAAAUACCCUAAUCUUAAAGUGAUUACGUUCGCACAGGUGCAGAAAGUUUUGAUUAAUGAAUCAAAGCAAGCGUACGGGGUUCAGUAUAAAAGACGGGGCGAGCUUAUCACUGCUAUUGCAGAGAAAGAAAUUAUUUUGUCAGCAGGCGCAAUAGAAACUCCGAAAAUUCUAAUGUUGUCAGGAGUGGGACCAAGAGAACAUUUGGAACAACAUAAAAUAAAGGUGAAAGCUGACAGAAGAGUAGGAGAAAAUUUGCAAGAUCACGUUUAUGUGCCAUUGACUCCCCUAGUCCAUAACGAUAGCUCUGCCUCUCUGGUGAAUCCUCUGAACCUGAUGGCAUGGUGGGAUUAUUUUGUUCACGGAGCAGGUCAAUAUUCAAGUAAUGGUGUAGACGGCAUGGCGUUUAAGAGUUCCAAAAACUGCGAACCAGACUGGCCAGACAUUCAACUUCACUUCUUGUCUUACUCAGUCGCUUCGGAUCACGGUAUUUGCGUGAGACACCUGAUGGGUUUAGAAGAAAAAGCCUGGAAAGAAAUAUUUGAACCGCUGUCACACUUAGACACAGCGUCUAUCUUAGCAACAUUGGUUCGACCAAGAAGUAGAGGAUGGAUACGUCUUCGUUCGGCCGAUCCAUCGCAUCAGCCAAUUAUUGAUCCGCAAUAUUACAGUAAUCCUCAUGAUAUCCAAGUGAUGCUAGAAGCUCUUCAGUUUGCUCAAGAAACACUCAAUACAACAGCGAUGAAGAAACAUCUACGUUUGCAUAAUGCUCAGCAUCCAUAUUGUCAUCAUUUUCUAGUGGAUUCCGAAUCGUACUUGGAAUGCCUUAUACAACACAUGUCGGCUACUUUGCAUCACCCAGUUGGAAGCUGCAAGAUGGGCCCGUCAACAGAUCUUGAUGCCGUAGUAGAUCCGCAGCUAAGAGUGUACGGAAUCAAAGGUUUACGUGUUGCUGAUGCUUCUGUGAUGCCCGUUAUUCCAAAUGGCAAUAUUAACGCGCCUGUUAUAAUGAUUGGAGAAAAAGCAGCGCAUAUGAUUUUAGAAUAUCACAGAAUUGGUUCUGAUCAGAAACCUUUGCAGCUUGACUCUCUAACAUUUUCUCAGAAAAUAGGAGAUGAACUGUGAAUGUGCUCAAUUCGAUUUCUUUAUGAUUAGUUGUUGACCUGAGUCGUAAAUAUGAAUGGUAAUGGCACAUUAGAUUUUUCCUUUUUUUAAAUAUAUAUUUUCUGUGAACUAAAUUAUCAUAAAGAAACUUUAUUGAUGUAACAACCAUAAAAACCAAAAGCAUUUUCUUGUAAUUAUGAUUUUUUUUACAUUUCUAAAAGAAAGCUGAUAUGUAGACCAUGUAAGAGGACGGUUUGACAUUUGAUUAAAAUUUAGGUUGUAUGCCAUUAAAAAAAUAACACAACAUACGCACUUACGCACAGUAAUAUCAAAACUCUUCGUCAAUAGAGGAAAGAGACCACAUCGGAUGUCUCAUUACUCUUUUACGGAAACAUCUUUGCCAUAAGAAGAACCACGACUGAUCAAUGUAAUAUCGAUUAGCUUGUAAAUGAAGGAAGCACCUGGGGGGAAAAUUAUAGUUGAUUUAAAAUAAAACUUCGUGUCCUAUUUAGAUUUUGCUUUAAUACUUAUUGCAAAAAUGAAAACGACUGCCAUUAGACUUGUAAAUCCUGUGCCCAAGAACCAUUUAACCGAGUUAAACAUAAAUGGUAAGCAGAAGCUACUCCACAGGCAAAAUAACAAAAAUGGCAGGACAGAACGUGGACGAUAAUGACUGAAUACCAUUGUAAAAUAUGAUUAUUAACAAUUUUAAUGUGAUUGAUAGAAAAUGCUUAUUUACCAUCGAAUAGGGCCAUUGAAGUAUUUAGCGUCCUCUGCUGCUAAUGCUGUCGGGAAAACGCCAUUUUUCUCGUAAGCGUCCAUCAACUUAUCCUACAUCGUUUCAUUACAAAUUUUCUUAAUCUUAGUAGACAAAAAAAGCAGGAAGAAAUGCAAUUUCUCGAGCAAUUUAAUACUUUUUUCUCGAAGUUAUUUAGUAGCCAUUCCGCAGACUUAUCCAUUUCGGUGGGGAUAUCUUCGAAAGGUAUGCGCUCUAAAAAGACUUCUCCAAAGACGGGCCGACCGAGAAACACAUUUAAUAGACUGGGAUACGCACCUAAUUUGCUGAACACAGAAUAAGGUGCCAGAAUAAACAGCCCCAAAAUUUUGUUUCAGCUGCUGAGUUAUGGCAAAAAAUCCUCUCGUCCUAAGUUGACAAGAUACUUCAUUGACAUAGAGAGCUAAGUAUAACUUUCACACUCUUACCUAGGUAUCAAUAAAUGUUUCAAAUGUGGUAAACCUUUUCGGGCGGCAAACUCCAUCGAUACGUCGUGUUUUUCCUUACUAAAUCUUGUUCCUUCCGGGAAGAACAACAACUGUAAAUUCAAAAAAAAAAUUUAAUAAUAAAUAAAAUAAAGAGUAAAUUUUUAAAAUUAUAAUGUUUAUACCCAGACUGGAUCUUCGUACUCGACUAGAUUUUUUACAAAUAAGUCCAUCGUUGAUUUGUCUUUUUCCCAAUUCCUUUCUAAGAAUCCUAUCUCAGCAAAUUUCCACGCCCAACCUAUAAUAGGUAUCCAUUCAACUGCUUUCUUGAUGAACAGUUUUGAAUUCUAAAUAUUAAAAGAAUGAAAAAUGGAGGACAUGUUGAAAUAAGUGCAGCCUAGUCAAUGUUAUUAUAAUAUAGCUGAUUAUUUGUUAAAAUUAAAUGCAACUUGCACCAAGAAUGUUGGCUUGAUUUCCUAGAACCCAAGCUACAAGCCAGUCCAGCUCGUUCGAAUGAUUCAUAAUAAGCAAAGCAUUUUCCGAACCCAGUUUCGACCAUGUCUCGGUAUCAGUGUAAACACUGAUGGCUGAUCCGGACCAGUCAAUUACCAAUAGAACCUCUAAAAAAAAAAUAGUUAAUUUAAUGCCAGAAAAAUUCUAUGCAGUACAUAAGUAAAAUCCCAAAUUGGAAAAGAGAGUGUACAACAUGUUUUGCAAAACUACUUACGAUUCCAUAAGCAGGUCAGCAGGUAAUAAUUUAUCUUGCGAUAUAAUCCUCUGCUUAUUGGUUUGACUGUUAACCACAGACAUAGUUGGAUUCCAUUCAGUAAUAAUCCAGAGACGAUGAAACUUAUAAAAAGCGUUAACAAUCCAAUGUACGCCCCCGCAGUUUUUAUUUGCGCCAACAUUUUCUUCCUUUCAAGAUAAAAAAAAAUAAAAUAAAAUCGAAUAUUGAACGUACAAAAAGCAUAUAGUUUUUUUUUUCUUUCGCUUUGCCGAAUGGUUAUGCAUGUCUAUCUUAAAGAAUUAACAAUAGGUUCCAGUUCGGCAAUACUGGAAAUAAUCAAUAGGUAAACAGGAACAUGUAAAUUUACCAGAAAUUGCGUCCUAAUUAUAAUACCAAAACCCUUUUUGAAAGUAUCUGAAUGGACAUUCCCCUAAAUUGUUUCUUAACUCGCCGAAUCCUUAGUAGAAAUUAUAUCACCGUUAUAUAACUCCUCCUGUUCAGUGAAUCAACGUGACGUAACUAGGUCACGUUUGUGGUAGUAACGCAACAUGCAACAGUGGCUCAUACCGUUAAACUAAUAAAUAUAGAAACCUAAUGCCUCAUGGAUAACAGCCCAAGACGGACGUUUGAAUCAAGAAACUCCAAGGCGAAUCAGCUUAUUUAUAUUAAUAAAAAAAUGAAUUAAACUUAUUUAUAUUAUAAUAAAAUUUAAAUUUUCUGUUCCCCCAACGCGUUGCCGUCCCAUUUGCUGUUUUGCUAAGAUUCCGGUUUUCGGUAAACAAAAAUAGUAUAUAUAUUGCAACGUUGAACAAAAUAUCAAAAACUAUAAAUCAGAAAAAUCUCCAAAUACCUUACGUUCCUAUUUCAGGCCUCUUUAGGAUUGAUUGAGAGAGGGGGCUUUUGAGACUUUGAUGUUUGGUUAGGUUACACUUUUUUUCCCCCUUCUCAGUCCUUGAACCGAAUUUGGCAACCGAUAUCAAGCACGCAACUGCACCUCAGUUUACCAGUUCAGGUAAAACAGGUGUUUUUGUGUGGAAGACUACGGUUAGACUGAAGAUUUUUUAUUCCUUUGAGGCUUUCAAUGGCCGCUGUGCGUCGUUGGAAGAAUGGGUACAAGAAUAAAGAUGCCCGGGGCUAAUUUUUUCGUUCUCAGCUGGCAUCAUGCAAUGGUGGAUGCCUCAAUGUCUUCCAUGUGUAAGGUGCGAAUGUUGUGCAGACUUGUACACCCGUCUCCAUAAAUACUGGACCCUUCCACAUAGCGGGGAAAAUUUUUCUGCCACUGCUAUGUUUGCAAAGAGCUUCAAAGAGAAAUCUAUCAGUAUAGCAAUAGUGCUAAACUACUGUGGUAUCACUACUGCAAAAAAACCCUACAGCGCAUAGAGACUGAAGGUUCAACAGAUUGCACUGAACGAUUAGUGUGACAGGAUCAGAACGUCACUCAUUAUUGCGGCCGUAUCCAAUUGUGCGUAAUCAGCUUUCAGUACCGAUAAGCUUUUAUAACGUAACUUUACAACAGGUACAGUAUUGGCCUCCAAUUUCUAAUAUUUAAAUGAACAUUACCUUGACUUUGCUGUAGGUAGAGCACGUGUCGCGAAAAAUGACGGUACCGGU